UGUGUGCUGACGCUAACCGGAAGUUCCGUUUCGUCGUGAAGUGGGACAGCAAAGCGACUCUGUCAGUGUAUGUGUGGCAACAACAUGUCUGUGCCGCUGCUCGCCGAGACUGUGACGGUGUCCGGGAACGAGAAGGAGACUGCAGCGGUGAUCUUCCUUCAUGGUUUGGGAGACACGGGGCACGGGUGGGCCGACACCCUGACGGGCAUCCAGCUGCCUCAUGUCAAGUUCAUCUGCCCCCACGCGCCGCGCAUCCCCGUCACCCUCAGCAGGAACGUCACCAUGCCCGCCUGGUUCGACCUGAUGGGUCUCAGCCCCGACAUCCCAGAGGACGAGUGUGGGAUCAAGAAGGCGGCUGAAAACAUCAAGGCCAUCAUUGAACACGAGGCUAAAAAUGGCAUCCCUCCUCACCGCAUCAUGCUCGGAGGCUUCUCUCAGGGCGGGGCCUUGUCCCUGUACACCGCCUUGACCUGCCAGCACCAGUUGGCCGGCGUCGUGGCCCUCAGCUGCUGGCUGCCGCUUCACAAGACCUUCCCUUCGGCGUCCAAUGGCCACCAGAACCUGCCCAUCCUGCAGUGCCACGGCGAGAGCGACGACAUGAUCCCUGUGCAUUUUGGUGCCAUGACGGCAGAAAAGCUCAAAUGCAUCGUCAACCCGCAGAUGAUCACCUUCAAAACAUACCCGGGGGUCCCUCACUCGUCCUGCUCUCAGGAGAUGCUGGCGGUAAAGGAAUUCAUUGAGAAGUACUUGCCUCGGAUCUGACCUCACCUCCUCAUCCGACUGUGACAACCCCCCUUCCCCUCGUGACACGGACCUCUCACCCUCGUUGAUCUGUGGUUCCCUAACAGGAAAGAGCCAUGCACACCCCUUCUUCCUUCCACGCAGACGUUUGUCAGCAAUGAAUCGGAUGACGAUAACCAAGUGGUCACACUCAUCAUGGGUCGCUUGUCCAGGGAAGAUUCCUGUUGAUGUGCUGUCUUCCUUUGUCCCCUCCUGUGUCGCUGUUGUGUGUCCGCUUGGCAGCCCCCUCCUUCGCACCCGGUGCUGUUUUUAUUUGAUGAAGCCAAGUUGAAACUGCGUCUUGCCGCCUCCCGCUGCGUUGGCACCUGGUGUCUAACCCCACCCAUCCACGGCUAAGGAACCUGAGUGACGGGUGCUUGUCCAGAUGAAAGUUAACCAAUACUUUAGCAAGGCGGUGUGCGGUUUCCUUUGCCAGUUGCUUUGACUUCCUUUGCGUUCUUCCGUUUGCAAAGUUGAUGGGAGAACUUUGAUUGUUGACAAAUCAAUGAAUGUCUCACAGUCGUGUCACGUAUGAAAUCAUGCAAAGGUGUUUCCUUUGUAUCCUCUUCCACUGCUGCCUCUCUUUUUUUUAUUCCACUAUGCGUGAUGGUGUCACACCUUCUCAUGCCGUUUCUCCUGGAUUGUAUGUUGGAAUUUUUACAUAUGUUGUUUUUGUGUAAUGGACCAUUUUUUUGUUUUUUGGCACUGUCGUGAUGUCAUCCUUUAUUGUUGUUUGUAAUGAUCAUUUUGUUUCUGAGCUCUUGUAAUGCAGAAUAAAUGACAAGAAAAACAGUAAA